UGGGGCUGCGCGCCCCACCUUUUUUUUUAAACCCAAAAGUGCCCUACGGAAAGGUAUUUUUCGUAUUCAAUUUAACUGAAUACGGAAAGGUACUUUCCGUAUUAUAUUUUGAUGAAUACGGAAAGGUAUUUUCCGUAUUUAACUCUGACAGGAUUCCCCCUUUUUCCACCAUUACUCCUCCCUCACCAACUUUCACCAACCCCUCACCAGCCCCCCUGAACCUCCUCAAUGCCUCCAGACCACCCUCUCUCUCACCCUCUCCUACCUCACUUUCAUUCCCAAGCUCUCCACCACCAUCCACUCCUUCAUUUCCCAAGCUCUCCACCACUACAACAAGUGUUGUAGUAGAGGGAUGACAGAUUCAUUUUUCUUUGGUGAGUCACAAUUGAUUGAAGCUGGAUUUCACAAUGGUCAACCUGAAGAGGCCACUACAGAGGUGUCACCACCAGCAUUUGUGCCCCCGUGUAUAAGUAUAGAUGUCUCGCAUUUAUUUGCAACUGAUCAGGUAUUCUUUGAACAUAUUUUUGCAUUGUUUUGAGAGUGUAAUAUAUCAAUUCUUAUUAUGUCUUGAUCACCCUUGUAAUCAAUUCUUAUUAUUAUAACAGAUUUUCCCUACCCGUGAUGAUCUUAUCAAUUGGGUUCAUGGAAUUGCGAUUGAAAAUGGAUAUGUUACGUUGAUCACAAAGUCAGAUUAUGGUGGGAAUGGAAGCAGAAAAGCUUAUGUCAUGUUGGGGUGCGAGAAGCAUGGUAAAUAUGUUCCUUAUAGAGACCCUGACCUUGUUGAAGGGACGAGAUCACAAAAGACAGGUUGUCCUUUUAGACUAAAAGGACGACCUAGGAAAAAUGGCAUAGAUAGAGAUUGGCGGCUAAAGGUGAUGGAAGGUAUACACAACCAUGAACCAGCUAGGUCACUACUUGGGCACAAUUUUGUUGGUCGUCUAAAACCCGGAGAGAAGGAGCAAGUGGGAAAAAUGACAAGGAGUUGGGUUCCACCGAGAAAGAUGUUGUUGACUUUGAAGGAAAACAAUCCUUCAAACUUGACUACCAUAUCUCAGAUUUAUGGUGUUUGCAAGAGGUUAAGAAAAUCCCUCCGCGGGGGAUUGACAGAAAUGCAACACUUGUUGAAGAAGUUGGACGGUGACAAGUAUGUCCACUUUGAAAGACAUGAGCCUGGAUCGGAAGUCAUUAGGGAUGUAUUUUGGGCUCAUCCAAAUGCUAUCAAACUGUUCAACACAUUUCCAUAUGUAGUGAUUAUGGAUUGCACAUACAAGACAAACAAAUAUGCAAUUCCCUUGCUUGAGAUUGUUGGACUGACUUCCACAGAUAAGAUAUACUCCAUAGCCUUUUGCUACAUUGUUAAUGAGGGCACAGAUGACUACGUUUGGGCACUGGAGUGUAUGAAGUCUCUAUUAGCUGAUCAAGCCAUGUUGCCUAAGGUGAUUGUUACUGACAGGGAUCUUGCCUUAUUGAGUGCUGCUAAGCAAAGCCUUCCUAACACUACACAUUUAUUAUGCUUGUGGCACAUCAACAAGUGUGUUUUGGCAAAGUGCAAACUCUAUGUUGGCACAUAUGAUUUUGCUGAGUUGGUUAUGAUGAAGUGGGCAGAGGUGGUGGAUGCUGCAACAGUUGAAGAAUUUGAAGUGAAAUGGAUGCAAUUGUUUAAUAUGUGCAAGGCAAAAUACAGCAACUUUACCUCCUAUUGUUCUACUACAUGGUUGGUUCACAAGGAGAAAUUCGCCAAGGCAUGGACAAAUCAUGUGAUGCACUUUGGAACAACAACAAGUAACAGGGCUGAGGGUGCACAUGCCAGUUUGAAGAAGAUGUUACGGGAUUGCAAGGGUGACCUGGCCACUUCAUGGGAUGCGUCGCAUAGUUUGACAUGUAAUCGACAUACUGAAAUAUUAGCAUCGUUUGAGCGCAGUAUUCACAGAAUUGAUCACAUUUUCAUGUUCCCAUUUUACACAAAUAUUAGAGGAUUUGUGUCAAACAAAUGCCUGCAGCUCAUCGACGAUGAACAUAUAAGAAUGAAGUCCUACGGCGGAUGCGAUUGCUUGUUGAGAGAGACUCAUGGACUACCUUGCGGUUGUGAACUUGCAGGUUAUGAAAGAAUUCCAUAUGAGUCAAUUCAUCCAUUCUGGAAGAGACUGAGUUGGGAGCAUGUACCUGAACCUGUUGCAGAUACUACCAGCAACCAUAUUUGCGGCAUGAACCAUGGAGAUAUGCAACCAGAAGUUGAGGCAUUGACACAUUAUUUCAGUUCUUUGGAUACUGGAGGGCAGAGUAUGGUAAGGAGGAAGCUUCAAGCGAUCUAUUGUCCUGAAAGCAGUUCACUUUGUACUCCUGCGGUUAAGAUAAGGUCCAAGCGCAUUCUUAAGGCGAAUGAGAAAAUACCACCUAAGAAUAAAGCAAUAGGAUCCUUGACUCUCUGA